CGGGGCGUGGCGCGCGGGGAGGGGAGCGAGGAGCCGGGGAGGCCAGGGAGGGCCUCGCUCCGGAAGUGAAGCUGCCAGACCACCGGCUAAUGGAUGCGCAGCGGAGGGCCCGCUGACCGCUCUGGGCGCCACGGGCAGCUUGGCUUGGCUGGAGUGGAGAGACACCCAGACACACCAUUGUGCUGAGUGGGUAACAUCAUCUUCCUGUACCAGAAGCUGAACACAUAAGCGCCUUGGCUGUCACAGAACAUUCUGGAACAAACAGGAGCCCAAGCUACUUGCUGGGAAACUUCCCUCCAAGAGUUCUGGCUGCCAGAGUGGAGGCGUCUCCCCACUGGCUAGAGAGAGGUGAGGCGGCAGAGACCCAGAGAGGGGUGGAAGGAACACACACGUGCUUGCACUUCCGGUGCUGCAGGUCCCCACCCCGCCUCCUCAAUGUGACUGCAGAGCCUCUGGCCGUGGUCCUGUCGUAACAGAUACUAACCUGGGGCAGGCCUGGAGACCUCACGGAAAGGGCCAAGUUCUUGCCACUGAGCAGCAAAGGUGAUUGGUCCAGGACCUGUUGACUGGUGGGUUAUAAGUCUAGAAGCUCAUCUGGGAUAUUCUCAGUUUGAAGUCAGCGCCAGUCUGUCCCAUAAGCUAAUCAGUAGCCAUAGAGUUCCGGCCAGGCAGUAUCCGGCAAUGGCGCUGGCCCUGUUGGAGGACUGGUGUAGGAUUCUGAGUGUGGAUGAUCAGAAAUCACUGAUGGUUAUGGGGAUCCCAGUGGACUGCAGCGAGGAUGAGAUUCAGGAGGUCCUGCAGGAGACUUUAAAGCCUUUGGGCAGGUAUAGACUCCUUGGCAAAAUAUUCCGGAAGCAGGAGAAUGCCAAUGCGGUGCUAUUAGAGUUGCUGGAGGACCCUGAGGUCUCUGUGAUCCCCAGUGAGGUUCAGGGUAAGGGGGGCAUCUGGAAAGUCAUCUUCAAGACCCCUAACCAGGACAUGGAAUUUCUGGAAAGACUGAACCUCUUUCUAGAAAAAGAGGGACAGACGGUCUCGGGAAUGUUCCGGGCACUUGGGCACGAGGGGUUGUCUCCAGCAGCCUUGCCCUGCAUCUCGCCAGAGUUACUGGCCCACGUGUUGGGACAGGUGAUAGCACAUGCCGCUCAGCCUCUGCUCCCCAUGAGGUACCGGAAGCUGAGAGUGUUCUCAGGGAGCACCGUGCCUGCCCCCGAGGAAGAGCCCUUUGAAGUCUGGCUGGAACAGGCCACCGAGAUAGUCAAAGAGUGGCCGGUAGCAGAGGCAGAAAAGAAGAGAUGGUUGAUGGAAAGCCUUCGCGGACCAGCCCUAGACCUCAUGCAUAUAGUCCAGGCAGACAAUCCAUCCAUCAGCGUGGAGGAAUGUUUGGAAGCAUUUAAGCAAGUGUUUGGGAACCUGGAGAGUCGCCGGACCUCCCAGGUGAAGUACCUGAAAACCUAUCAGGAGGAAGGAGAAAAAGUCUCAGCCUACGUGUUACGGCUAGAAACCCUGCUGCGGAGAGCAGUGGCGAAGCGGGCGAUCCCCAGGAACAUCGCAGAUCAAAUCCGCCUGGAGCAGGUCAUGGCCGGGGCAAGCCUCAGUGAGGUACUCUGGUGUCGGCUUAGGGAGCUGAAAGACCAGGGCCGGCCUCCCAGCUUCCUGCAGUUAAUGAAGGUCAUCAGGGAAGAAGAGGAGGAAGAGGCCGCUUUCGAAAAUGAGAAUACUGAAGAGGCAGAGGGAGGGGAUGGCUAUGGUCACUGGGGUAAUGAGGCCAAUGACUAAAACCCAACUCCGAGGGCGACCCACAGACGGUGGGUGGAGGGACAGCCACGUUAUUAAGCUGAGACCUUUUCAGUCUUUUUUUCUCUAUAAUUUGCACAGUUGAAAUCACAGCAUUCAAGCCAGGUUUUAUUUUGUUUUUCUUUAACCUUUCUGGCUGCAUCAUGGGGUAUGUAGGAUCUUAGUCCCCCAACCAGGGAUUGAACCCAUGUACCCUGCAUUGAAUGUGGAGCCUUAAACUCUGAGUGGCCAGGGAAGUCCCUUGAGUCAGGAAGGUCUUGAUUCUUCUUUGUAAGGAAAAAAAAAAAACUGAGAGUUUCUUGGACUCUACAUAGACAAUUGCUAAGUCUCUUCAGUUGUGUCUGAUUCUGUGCAAUCCUGACUUUAUGGACUAUAGCGCACCAGGCUCCUCUGUCCAUGGGAUUCUCCAGGCAAGAAUACUGGAGUGGGUUGCCAUGCCCUCCUUCAGGGGAUCUUCCUGAUCCAGGGAUCAACCCUGCAGUUCACAGAUGAUUAUUAAUAAACAAAAACUUAAAUUCCAAAUAGGAGAUCAGAAGCCUAAAGGAAUCUGAACCAGUUGUCCUUUAAAUCCCUCCCAAUAGACCAAAGAAAGCAAUGAUGUAAGAAAAUAAAAAUCUCUUUUGUCAUCUAUUUAAAAAUCCCAGCUCUUUGAAUUAAUGUGUUUUCCUUUCUCAAAUCUACAAGCUCUCUCUCUCUCUGAGUACCAUAUAAGACAGUGUUCAGAGAGCAUGGUGUGAGGGACAUUCUCAAGAAACGGUAGUUAUCACAGGAGGGCCUGCAGAAGCAGGGGAUGCACCCACCAUGUUUUGAUUCAGGCCAGUGGUUAGAGAAGAGGAUUUUUAGUGAUGACAAAAGACAAAGAAGAGAGGAAGUGAGCUGAUAGUUACUGAGAAAAUGCUCUGUGACAGGCAUUUUACAUGUAUACAUUUUUCAUGUGUACAUCAUCCCCAGUGUGGUAUAAUUAUGCUCAUUUUAAAAGAGAGGGGGCACUUCCCUGAUGGUCCAGUGGUUAGGACUCCACAGUUCCAAUGCAGGGGUUGAAGAUUUGAUCCCUGGUUGGGGAGCUAAGAUCCCACACUGCCAAAUGGCACAGCCAAAAAUAUAUAAAUCAUAAUUUUUAAAAAUGUCUCCCAAUUAAAAAUAACUAAAUAAGUGAGAAGGAAAAAAGUCCAUAUGGGUUACAUGGUCUGCUCAACAUCAAAACGCUAACAGGUGGCGGAGCACAGACGGAAGUCGGGACCUCUCUGACUCUUCCUAAUCCGCUCUCCACUGUGAUCAUAGUUUUCAAAUUGUGCUUUGUAGUUCUGCAGGGACUUUUCAGCAGUUCCAUGUUGAAAUUGUAUUUUACCCUCUUUAAAUCUCUACUAGAUAACAGGUAGACAGACACAAGUGUGCUGAUAUCCAGAUUUUAACACACUGGCAUUUGCCAGCAGGCUCACUGUUGUUUCCAGAUUGACUCAUUUUGUGCAGAUCUUGGAAAAAAGAUUCCCUGGUGAGAUCCAAGCACACAGCCAAACUUCUAUUCAUUCUUCGUAGAUUAAGGAAGUCAUAGCAUUUCAGAGGUGUUUCAGUCAGGCUUAUGCCUGUCCUGUGAUGCCAAGUGUGCUUCAAGCAUAAAUGAGCAUCAUUCAGUUAAGCACUACACAAGACUCCAACACAAUCCAUGUCUCACAUCCUGGCAGCUUUGUAUAUACAAUAAACAAGUGGCUUAGCUUCUCUAAGUAUCAGUUUUCCUCAUCAGAAAAGUGGGAGGACAAUAGAAUAGGGUUGUUGUUAGGAUCAAAUGACAUAAUGCCUUUUAAGCACUGAGCAUGAUGUCUGGAACACAGAAAGCCCUCAAUACAUGGAGGCUCUUUUUCUUAUCUUUCCCAUGCUUAUUGUCUGAUCAGCGCAUGUUCUCUUCUUUUUCUAACAGUCCUGCAAUAAUGAGUAAAUAGGUAAUCUGUUCGGUUGUGACAACGUUGCAUUAGAAACCAUUAAGUGCUUGUGGUAAGUUGGAGCUCUUAUUGUCUGUUAUCUUUGUGAUCAAUUUUCCAGCUAUUGUUGACUAUUGUUAGUGAUUAUAAAAAAUAAAUUAUUCUUUCUGAUGGUAAAUAAUUUUAACUGAAGCAAUAUCCUGAGAUUGUAAGAAAAGGCUUUUAUUUAAAAAAAAAAAAGAUACCAUUUGUGAGCACUUACCUUUCUAAGUUCAAUUUUUCAAUACUGUUCAAACAAAGUGAUACAACUGUCAGCCUAUACACCCGGAUUUCAUGUGUUUUUUGUAUUUGUAAAAAUGGCCUCAUUGAUCUCAUGUAUUCUCAGUAUACAAAGUAAAGUGUUAUAAAUGUGAAGUUAUAAAAUAAAUCCAUUCUGGUAA